AUGGGCGAGGAAGGCUUCAAAACCGAUGACGUAAGAAUCCCUAUGGUGGAAAAAGGGGUCUCUGUUCGGAAAGAGGUCCCCGGUAGAAAACGUCAAUGGAUCUCCAGUAGCGAAGAUUCCCCCAAAAUAAAAACCCUAGGAAGAAUAAUAGUAUUCAGGCGAUCGAAUCUCCGGAAUGACAAACCGGAUUGUUGUUGGGAUGUAAACAAAUCCCCGAGGCGAAAAUUUCGAGAUCGAAUUGAUUUCUUGACGGUGGAAGAUCUAGCAUGGGAUGGAAGCAACCGAGUUAUUUAUGAAAAUACGUGGAGAUGAAUACUAAAAUUAUUACUCAUGGUGAACCAGGGAAAUUACUAGGCAACACAAGAAGAAAUUGUCCAUAUCAGGUUCCCAAAUUGUUCAGUGACAUGGAAGAUGCUGACUACUAUACAGGGUGUCCCAGAAGUCGACGUCAAGCCGAAACCGGGUGAUAGGCAAAGUCAUAACAGCUAUCAGAAAAAUAUUUAAAAAAAUGUUAUGCAUAUGUUUUGAAAAUUAUAGGUCUUUGAAAAAGAUAUA